UUCCCCUUCUCCUGACCUCAUCCAACCUCCCCCUCUCCCUACUCUUCCAACGCUCUCUCUCCCCACCUCCUCUUCCUCUUAUAAUAAACAAGCCCUCAAGCCCUCAACCAACAUAGCCAUCUUCAUGUAAGAUAGAAGUGGAAAGGAAAAAAAAAACAGAGUGAUGAAGUUUGGGAAGAGGCUAAAACAGCAAAUAGAGGAGACCCUUCCAGAGUGGAGGGACAAGUUCUUGUCAUAUAAGGAUCUCAAGCAGCUGGUCCGCCUCAUCUCCACCACCAACCCAUCUCCCAACGCCGAGGCUGAGUUCAUAGAUCUUCUCAAUGCCGAGAUCGAUAAGUUCAACACCUUUUUCGUCGAGCAGGAGGAGGACUUCAUCAUCCACCAAAAGGAGUUGCGGGAGAGGAUUAAAACGGUGAUCGAGACGUUCGGGCCGGGCGGGAGCCAGCCAUCGGAGGCGGAGUAUGCGGCGGAGAUGGGGAGGAUAAGGAAAGACAUUGUUAAUUUCCAUGGCGAAAUGGUUCUACUGGAGAACUACAGCAAUAUCAAUUACACAGGCCCCAAAAUCUCUGAGGAGAAGAGGAGGAGGUUUGAAGAUUUUAGUGUUGCAGGGCUGGCGAAGAUACUGAAGAAAUAUGACAAGCGGACGGGAGGACUACUGAGAUUGCCAUUCAUCGAGAAGGUUUUGAAGCAGCCCUUCUUCACGACCGAUCUCAUCUCCCAACUGGUCAAGGAAUGCGAGAACACGAUGGAUGCCGUGUUUCCAGUAGUAGCUCAAGAGCAGGCCGAGCGAGGGGAGAGGGAGGCAUUGAUGGCAGCAGAGCAGAGUAUUUUCAGGAACACAGUAGCUGCUCUUGUGACCAUGAAGGAAUUGAGGAAGGGAAGCUCCACUUAUGGUCACUUCUCUCUGCCUCCUUUGAGUUUGCCUGAUGCUGAUCUCUUGCAGUCUUUCCAGCUUCCCUCUCCCAUUCCCAUACAAUAGUUCAGUAAAGAACAUCCUCUUUGAUGAUAUCCAUGUUAGAUGAACUUUUAUAUAAUAUGCUUUCAUUUUUAUUCCUGCUAUGAUGAAGUGGUUGUAAAAAUUCAAACAAAGUGCAAAAAGGGAACUAAGCAUAUAUAAGAAAGGGACAUGCAGUUUAGAGUUGCUUGCUUGUUUUGUACGGAAACUAUCCCCUGUUACAAGGAAUGGAUGGCAAUAAGCAAAUGGUUUAAUCUGACUUAUACUUA